AUGAAUCUCGUCCAACAGGACCACAACCUUCAGAGCCAUCUCUUGGACCUGAUUUUGGAAUUCGUUAAACCAUCGCUUAUGUGUGAAAUGUUGCGCAGUAUCACGAUCGACGGAUCAAAUUUCAAAAAGCGUAAACGGCAAGGCGGAGAAUCUGAUGACAACAACUACUCUUUCAGACGAUCGAAACGUUUCCACGAAGGUCAGCAUCCACGCUCCCGGAACAGUAUAUGGGGCGUUAGCUUCCAACGACUAUCUCCCGAAGAAACAGAAAAACGACUAGAUGCAUUGUCGUCGUCUGCUUCUUCUAGCACUAUGGGCACUGGUCCUGUCUGCUCAGGUAAGUCAUAG